AGUUUAAAAGAAACAAAGAAAAUAUUUUCCCCCGUCUCUUUUAUCAACAAAAAAACUAUAGCAAGAUGACGUCCCUCGUUAUUAUUAAAUCUCAGUUUUCUGCUCUCCUCACUCUCUUCCUUUGCACGCAACCAUGAGUGAAGUAUUAUAUUGCGAUAAUCCUGAAUGGAAAGAUGUAACACCUGUACCUCAGGAUGAUGGACCUAAUCCACUUGUGCCUAUUGCGUAUUCAAAAGAGUAUUCAGAUGCCAUGGACUAUUUUAGAGCUGUGACAAUUACUAAUGAAAAGUCACCACGCGUAUUGUCCUUGAUUGAAGAUAUCAUUGAAAUGAACCCUGCUCAUUAUACCGUCUGGAACUAUCGCCAAGUGGUUUUGUUUGCCUUAAACUCGGACUUGGAGGAGGAAUUAAACUAUAUCGACGAAAUCAUUGCUGAACAGGCCAAGAAUUAUCAGGUUUGGCAUCAUCGUCAAGUGAUUGUGGACCGAUUGGAUAAUGGCGAUAGAGAAAUUCCUUUCAUAAAUGCAGUUUUGGAAGAGGAUUCAAAAAACUAUCAUGGUUGGUCUUAUAGACAAUGGGUUGUCAAGAGAUUUAAUUUGUGGAGUAGUGAAUUAUCCUAUACAAAUGAUUUACUAUUGUUUGACGUAAGAAACAACUCAGCCUGGAAUUACCGCUAUUAUGUCUUAUUCAAUAGCCCAAUUUUACCCUCAGAUGAAUUGCUUCAAGAGGAAAUUAACUUCACACAAAAACAAAUCACUUUGGCGCCAAACAACUCGAGCAGUUGGUCAUACCUCAAAGCAUUACACGAGAAAACAAACAAGCCUUUACAAUCUUUUGAGCCAUUUUUAAAGACACUGAUCGAAUCAAAAGUGGAAUCACCUUUCCUUUUAUCAGCUUAUAUAGACAUUUAUGAGCAGAAUGCAAAGCUGGAAAAGGCUCCUGUCAAUAAUGCGGCUCUCGAAAUGUGUUUGGAAUUGGCAAAUAAGCAAGAUGCCAUUAGAGAAAAAUUUUGGAAUUAUAAAAAGCAAAAGUUAGAGAAGUUAAAUAACACCCAAAAAUAAGCCUCGGCUACUAUACGGUUUAUCAAAUAGAUGAAUUUAGCAUACUAUCAAAUAAAGAUCUGCAUAGACCCCAAUUGCAUAUACAACGCCAAUUUGUAGUGCCAAAUUUUGAAGGUCUCUGUAAAAUUGAUAAUAUUUGAGGCACACACAUUUGUUCCACAUCAAUUAAACAACAAAUAUGUUUUUGUUCGUAUGAACGGGCGGUGCAAAGUUUUAGUGAAUAUACGGCUUUGGUUUAUAAUACAAGACUAUUAGAAGCUGAAAACCAAAAGAUAAAUGAUUAUUGAACAUUAUUUAUUAAAGAAG